GAGGGGGGGGCGGGAGGGGGGGCUUCCCGCCAGUGUCCCCGCCAGUGUUGCGUUUCUUGCCGUAACACUGGACGGAAGCAACCCGCAGACCUGCGCCUCCAGCUCGGAUACUUCUCCCUAAAAGCAGCCGGGACGUCCAGAGGAAGAAGUAUACGUGGCGAAAUUUCCCCGAGUGUGACUCGUUCCGUCUUCCACCAGCCGACAGGAAAGACUUCAGAUUCGGGAGCCGAGACCAGAAACAUGUCUUCAUCCGUGACGGCGACGGCGGGAAACAUCACGGUGGUCGUUCAUGUUCACCCGACCCCCGCGCAGGUCCAACGCAACGCCCGGUUCAACUGGGGGCAGCCGGUGGCGCUCGGGUCGGUUCAGAUCAUGGUCGGUGUCGUGGUGCUGCUGUUUGGAAUCCCCAUGUCGCUCCACAGAGGCGGGCUGGCCGUUUACUCCGGGGUUUACUUCUGGGGAGGUUUGACCUACAUCAUAGCAGGAAGUCUGACGGUGGCUGCUUCCAAGUCGAUGGAGCACUGUCUGCUGAACGGCUCCAUGGCGGUCAACAUCACGUCAGCUGUCUUUUCCUUCGCUGGAGUCAUCAUAUGCUCUCUGGACGACGUCUUCUCCUGGGAUUACUAUUACGCAGUUAAGGGUUUUCCAGCCCUCUUGGCCAUCUUCCAGUUCCUGCAGUUUGCCAUCUCCGUCACUCUUGCUGGAUUUGCGUGUCAUGCUACAUGCGGCUGCGGACAAGAACCGCCACCGCCGAACUCUGAGGCUCCGCCCACUUCGCAGGGAAACUCUCAGGUGUCCACCGAGAUGGUGAAUUUGACUAAACCUCAGAGGAACCGACGACCUCUGAUGUUCCUCCGGCCUACGAAGUUUAUUGAUCCAUCCGUCUGAAACGCCUGAUCAGUUUCACCACUUCACAGAUUUCUCCCUCAUUGUUCUCUGCAUCCUUAUAUAUAGAAAGUAACUCCAGUCUGGAGGGAAAAUCAAAGCAAAGUUGCCAUUCGUUCAGUUUUACUUGAAAAUGUGAAGCUUCUCAUUUUGUUUGGAGCCUGCAGCUUUUUGUUCAACUUGUUCUUUAUAUUUUUUGCAAUAAAGAUGUUAAU